AUGGUCGACCUCGUCCAGCGGCGCCUCCCUGAGGCCAGACGUGAAAAGAGCAACCGAGUAUCUAUGCGAGCGCCUCUUCUGCCCGACUUUGGCAGUGCUUCCGAACUACUCAAGCAGCAAAAGGACUUGGCCGAGGAGGAAAAGGCAAAAUGCUGCUCUCGCCUUGACGCGGCCGACGAAAAGCUCCAAAUGGCGGUGCAGCAGCUUGUGGGAAGGCUGCCUCAGCCCAAACCUGAUGACAUUGCCAGGCCACAGUCAGAGCAUAAGCCAAGCGAGAGGCCAGCUACGGACCUGGAGUCUCGCCUCUCUGCAGCGCAAAAAUCGGCCGAGGCCUCGUUCGCCAAGAUGCUCGCCGACGAGUCAUCUAUGAUCAAGGAAUCUCUUCGGACUGAAUUCGAUGCGCAAACCGCAGAGCUGAGGGCGCAAGCGGCAGAGCUGAAAGCCCAGCUGGUCAUUGAGAAGAUCAGGAAUGAGACGUUGAAGAAAGACAUGAAGGCACUCGAGCACAGAGUCGAUGAUUCGGCAAAAGACGACCCCCGCGCGGACAGUCAGAAGCCAGGACAGGGCAGCCAGAUUCAUGCGACUUCGGAGACUAGGCGUGCGGCCGCUCCUGAAGCCAAGGCGGCUGAAAUGCAAGCCGAAAAGGCGCUCGCCUUGGCUACAAAGAUAAAGGAAGAGACAAGGGACUUGGUUUCUCGGAAUGAGCUUGACGAGGCGCUACGAAAACUUGACAAGACAAUGUCAUUACCCGAAGACGGCAGCGAGGAUGACGAGCUGCAUGACCCGUGGCCAGUGCCAGGCGAGGGGACCGCCCUCAAGUUGCGCGCUCUCGCCUCGAAACUGAGGAACCUGGAGUCGAGCGUGGGAGAACAAGACGUUAAGCAGAUGGCGCUGCACAUUCAGACGUUGAAAACAGAGGUUGAUGGCCAUGCGGAAGCCAUCAAACAGCAGGCAGACCAACAAUUGGAGGCUAAAUCAGCCAUUCAGACGUUGAAGACAGAGACCGAUGGCCAUGCGGAAGCCAUCAAGCAGCAGGCAGACCAACAGUUGGAGGCUAAAUCAGCCAUUCAGACGUUGAAGACAGAGACCGAUGGCCAUGCGGAAGCCAUCAAGCAGCAGGCAGACCAACAGUUGGAGGCUAAAUCAGCCAUUCAGACGAUGGAGUUUUCCCUGGCGAAACUUUCGGCCAGUCAGCUCACAGAGAGCCCAGCAGAGAUGAGGGAGGGCGUUCAAGGAGCCGUGUCCAAUGAGGCUUCUGCCGAUGUGUCCGAAGUUGCACCUGCCAAUGCGUCGGACAGUCAUAUCCAGCAGAUCAGCCGGGCAGAGGUGGAAAGUGUGCUGAGAGACUUCCUCCCGACCAUUUCGAGCAAGCUGGCAGACUUCCUGAAGGAGGAGAAGGUAAAAAGAGAGUCGGUUGCCAAAGAGGGAGAAAAGACUGCGGACGCGGCUGCCGCGCUUCGAGUCGACCUGGACAACCUCAAGCAAGAAUGUAUCCGGUCGUUGCAAGAGCUUGCUCAUCAAUUUUCCAAGGUCAACUCGGACGUGGUUUCUUCCAAACACAGGCUCGAGAUUCUGGAAACCACAUGCCCCGCUUCAAGAGCCGAAACGAAGUCGGAAUUGGAUGAAUUGGCGAUGCAGGUGCGCGACGUGCACUCGUGGCAAAAUAAUUUCACGACGAGACCUCUGUACAAAGACAUUGUGGACCACAUCAAUGCGACGCUCCCAAACGGUGUAUUGAAUCAGCUUAAGGGCCUGGCGGCGAGAGUCGCGGGCAUCGAAGGCUAUCUUCACGCGGCCGAGGGAGGCGACGCGAAAAAGCGCAAAGUCCAAGCUACCCUCCCAACGGCGCCCAAUGUCGACCAACAAGGCUACGACGAGGGUACGGUUUAA